AUGAUGCUGGCAGAGGGUUGGUUUAUUAAAAAAGGAGAAGAGCUAUUAUCUACUUUAAAAUCCGCGGCCUCACAGGAAGAGAGAGACGAAGCAAUUUAUACAUUUAUCGAAUGGAUGGAAUCCAGAGAUUCCUUAAGUAUUCCAGAAUUUGAUUCGAAUCUGGAGUGGCUGAACUGCAAAAAUUCAUUGUUCUUCAAAGACCAGCUUCACGGAAAGUUAUGUGUCUUGGAUUUCUUUACCUAUUGUUGCAUAAACUGUAUGCAUAUCCUACCAGAUCUGGAGGCACUGGAACACCUUCAUUCCGAGAAAGAUGGCCUUGUCAUACUCGGUGUUCAUUCGGCGAAAUUUGAGAACGAAAAAUCGUCCACAAACGUAUUAAGUGCAGUGUUACGGUACGAUAUCAGACAUCCCGUGGUAAAUGAUUCCGAGGCAAAGCUGUGGCACUCUUUGUCUGUCCAGUGUUGGCCAACUCUAGUCGUUGUUAGUCCAGAAGGAAAAAUUCUUCUUAGUUUGGUGGGGGAGGGGCACCGAGAUCCGCUCUUACAAUUUGUGGGAACAGCUCUUAAAUACUACAAACAGAGAGGUACUGCAACAUUUUUUACAUUAAUUCUUUUACUUUCAAAACGUGUCAUCCACUAGUGAAAGGUCAGAAAGAGCUGAAUUGGAAAUGAAUCGUACUGAAUCAAGGAUUCUCGUUGCCAUAUAUGACAUUGCAAUUUUCCCCCAUGUCAUGCAUCGGAGAAAAAAACCCAACACACUAACAAACAAUCAUAAAAUAAUUUAGAAAACAAAAAGGAAGGUUUGGAACAUUCACCCCUGAAGAUCAUAAUUUCCCAUACUGCAUUAGUAACACUUUGAGUUGGUUUUUUCUAUGGCUAAAAUACAACUUGUAUCGUUGAAAUCUGUCAACAUUUUUCCUAGAUUAGUUAUUUAACCUUUUAUAACCUCAAAAGUCACAUAAUCGCACUCAGGUAUCCGUUUGUCAUGAUAAGUGAUAUGCUUCUUUGGUGGAAACUCUCUCUUCUCAGUAUUUUCUUCCCACCAAUCUAUUGCAUAUUACCCAGCACCUUAUUCUUGUAGGAAAAGUAAAAGACCAUUCCAUUGGCAUGUCUCUGGUCAAAGACACUCUUCCACAGACAAGUCUCUCAUUUCCUGGAAAGGUAUCCAUGGACAAAAGAGGAGAAAGAUUGUUUGUGGCUGACACAGGACACCAUAGAAUCCUUGUAAUUAGCAAAGAAGGAAUUAUUUUAAAUGCAAUUGGAGGAGGAGAAAAUUUUGAAGCUGGAUUUGUUGAUGGAUCAUUUCAAGAAGCUAGAUUUCAUUCACCACAGGGAAUAGCCAUUGAACAGGAAAUAAUUUAUGUUGCUGAUACAGAGAAUCAUGCCAUACGACAGGUAAGUGAUAAUUUUCAAAGAACUACUUUUUGUUUUCAUUUAAUAUUUUCUUCUCAUGUAAUGUUUUGGAUCUUAUCUUUGAUUUAUGAUUCUGGGAUGCAAUUCCUAACUCAAAGUUACAACUGUUUAUGAGAUUUCUUUGGGAUAAACUUUUGAACAAAUUUAUGUUCAAUAUGUUUUUUCAGAUUGAUCUUGAGAAAGGAAUGGUCACCACUAUCGCUGGCGAUGGAAAGCAAGGAAGUGACAAGGAAGGUGGAAACACUGGAACAUCACAAAGCAUCAGUUCACCAUGGGAUGUCCUUAUUGGCCCAUCACCUGGUUUGUUUUCAAUCUCUAAGAUGUAGAUAUUUUUACUGACCUAUUUGUUCUGUUUUUUUGUUGUUGUCUUUUUUUUGUCAAUGAUUACGGUAUGACAGCCCAAUGCAACUGAUAUUUGAAAGUCUCAUAUUGGAAAAUACAAAUUUGUGCCUUCAGUGUUCUGAGGAGCACACCUUUAAACUAGCAUUUAGGCAAAGACACUUUUAAAGACAGUACGGUUUUUUUGAGGUCUGAAUCACACUUUCCUGCCAUUCAUUAUCUAAUUUACUUAAGUAAGCUCUUCACAUGAACAUGUACUAAUUUUCCACAAACAUUAAGGUAAAAAUUGGUUGCAGCUAUUCCUCUUGCCUUGAUUUAGUGAGUCUGUGAUACUGUUGCUCUAGCAAUCUGAAGAAGAUCCUUUUUUGGAUUAUUCUAAAGACGUCAAGUGUUCAGCGUGCUAGCAUUUCAUUGCCUUCUCUUUUUGUUUGAUACCCAACCCAUGGUGUUCAAAGUAUGAAAAUGUGCUGUUGCUAAGAAAUCCUUUUUCCCUGUUUUUUGUUGUUUUUUGUCAUUUCCUUUAUUUAUCUUUUUUUAUCAACAUGUACUUCCUUCUUCACAUGCUGGGUUUCCCUUCUUCAAUAUACCUGGUUUUUUGUGUUUUGUAAUUUAAUGACCCUUUGUAGUUUCUUAUAAUUGUUUUUUUUUCUUUUUGCAGGACCUACCAAUGCAGAGGAUGGAGAUGUUAGAGAUGUUUUGUACAUUGCCAUGGCAGGCACACAUCAAAUAUGGGUGCUUUACCUUAAGGACAGCACAUGGUUAAAAGGGAGGUUAGUAAACAUGUUAGUCAACUGUCAUUUGUUUGUUCAUCCAUUGACAGUGGUUAAUUGUUACAUUGGUUGAAUCGUUUGUUCUUCCACUCAUUCUUUUUUGUCAGUUCUUUUAUCAUGUGUUGCCACAGUCAAAUUAUGAUUUUUGAAGCAACAGUAACCCCUGAUUUCUUUCUCUAACAUCACCAAAAGUAAGAGAUGAAUUAAGGAGACCUGUGGGGCUAGUAUGUUUGGUUGUGCUGCUGCCAGAUUUAGGAAUCUGAUUCUGUUAAUAAUUCAGUUAACUUUCCAUCAAUUUUCUUUCAAUUUGUAAAAGUAGACUUUGAUGAGACAUUUAAAAAGUAACUCUUACAUUGUUAAACUUAAGUUUUAUGUCACAUGUUAUGUUCAUGUUCAUAUUGCGUUUAUAUGUAGACCCCUUUAAAGGUGCUAUUGAGAAUGAUACACUUUUGGUACAGGCACAUCAUCAUCAAAACUGAAAUGAUUCCAUACAAAACUUGUAAUCCUUUAAUAAAUUUCUCAAAACAUGAGUGAUAGUCUGCUAAAAUCAUAGCUAGUCCCCACCCCUACAUACGCUGAAUGAUCCAUAUAUACUGAAUGAUUCACGCUUGAUGUCCCAGUUCAUGCUUCAAUGUCCAAAUCAGUUAAAUUCUCUCAUUUCCAAUGCUUCCAUACAUGUUAUGUAUGGUGCAUAUGAAAAUUUUCACGUAUCAUUUCAUGGAUAAAAUUCUAUAAUUUUAUUUGUUUUCCUGUAUAUUCAUCUGAAGAUUCUUUCAUUGGUAAGUCAUUUUUGUCAGUCUUAUAAUAAACAAUCUUUUACUUAUUGUGUUUCUAAUGCUUCUUGGUAUAAUUUCGUUAGUUCUCAAGUAAAAGGAACAUGUCUUCGAUUUGCUGGAAGUGGUGCAGAAGAGAAUCGUAAUAACAGUUAUCCCCACAAAGCAGCCUUUGCACAGCCUUCAGGCAUCAGUCUUGCAAAGGAAAAACCCUUCAGAUGCUUAUUUGUGGCAGAUAGUGAAAGCAGCAGUAUAAGGACAGUUGAUGUGGCCAGUGGUGCUACAAAGGCUCUUGUGGGAGCUGACAGGGAUCCAACAGUAAGUGAGAGGCACUUGAUACACGGAUAGGCUAAGAAAAAAAAACCCAUCCUCUGGAGUGAAUUUAACGUAUGACAUUACUUAGUUAUUAAUCGUGUGUUCUACCAGUGAGCCAGGUGGAAACGCGAAUGACUAUUCGUCUUGGGGUAAUUUUCGAUCGAGUGUCUCAAAAUACCGAAACCAAGGAAAUCACAACGCCAGUCAGAAGAAAGGGAAGUACCUUUAAGAGCCAAUGUGGAACUCAAAGCAAAAACCAACAAAACUGCCUAAAGCGCGGGAAAACGCGAGCGAGCAAGUCGCGAUUGGUUUGAGUUUGAAUCUGAUUGGUUGAGAGAGUGACGCGAGUUUUCUGGACCAAUCACAGGGUAAAGUAGACGAAAGACAAAACAAUCUCAGAUUACAAUGUACCUUCACCACUCAAUCGAAAAUUGCUCGAGUCCCAGUGGUUUUGGUUUUGCAGAGUGUGCAUGUACUGAAGCAAAACUAAGGCAACCAUCUGCAAUCCUGGAUUGUUUUAGAAGCCACUUUGUUACUCUGCUCCGAGUGGGAUCACCACCUUAUCAUGGUGGGGCAGUGUGACAGCCUUAUGCGCUGGCGCAACGAGCGACGAUGAUGAUGACUUUGUUUCUGUCCCUCAGGUCGUUAACACCUGCACCUUCUAGGAAUGAAUUAUAGGAUAAGGUGAUUUGGUUACAUCAAAGGUAUUCUUCUGUCUAGUGCAUGAUCAAUAAAACGUUGCGUUUCUCGUUUCCAGAAUCUUUUUGCAUUUGGUGAUCAGGAUGGUAAAGGUGUUGAUGUCAAGCUGCAGCAUCCCUUAGGAGUAGCUUGGAAUCCGCUGACACAGAGGCUGUAUGUAGCAGACUCGUACAACCAUAAGGUAUCCAAAUAUAUUUUAAACAGAGUUUGUUCUCCGUGGCAGUGCGUGGAUGAUUGCGCACUGUGACAUACGCUGAAUGAUCCAUAUAUACUGAAUGAUUCACGCUUGAUGUCCUUUUCUGCACGAGGUGGAAAAACUGUAGACUCGUCGAUUUUAAACUAGUCGUUUCCCUCGCAAAUGUACGGGAGUUUGCUUCUUUGGCGUGCGCGAAAGUCAUCAUACUUACAUGUAUGUGUACGAAAUUUCUGUAAAAAUGUUUUCUGACAGGUUAGGUUCGAGGGACAUAAAUGAGCAUCUGUGAUCACUUCAGCAUAACAAGCUUGGAUCAAUGUCAGUAUCUGAGCAAUUGCGCACAUACCCCUCCCCAAACCCAACAUUAACCCUAACUUGUUAUCAGUUGACUGUUGUUUCGUCAGAGGAGGGGUAAGUGCGCAUUUGCUCAGAUACUGACAUUUAUCCAGAAGCUUCACGCGUACGUGGUCCUUUCUUGAUCUUGAUUAUAUAUAGCUAUCUUGCUGCUCCGUUUUGAGUGACAUUCCAAAUUACUCUGGUAUUGACUGCUUUUCGAUAAUAUUUAUUGUACCGCUGAUCGCAUUAUUUUUCUGAAAACAAUUUUCUGAGAAAUUUGCAAAGCCGUCCUUCAACACCCUUUUUUGAUCCAAACUUAAAGCAAGCUCUUGCUGACGUGAAACCAACUCUUCCGAGCCUAAUUACAUGUUUGUCUUUAGAUUAAAGUUAUUGACCCAGCAAAGAAGACUUGUGAGACACUUCUGGGGUCUGGUAAACCAGGUCUGUCUUCUGAGCAGGGUGGGGUACAGUUCGACGAACCAGGUGGUUUGUGCGUCAGCCCGGAUGGACAAACGUUGUAUGUAGCAGACACUAACAACCACGCCGUCCGAGUUAUUGACUUGAAAACACUCUUAGUGUCGCAGGUAAGAGGCUAUAAAUAGUGUUCUAAGCUUGCUGUAGGCUAAAGGAAGUGAUGUUUAUGUUGUCGGGGAAAGAGUGGCCAUGACGUUUAUGAUGUGUGUGGUACGCUAAGAAGCAUUCACUCUCUCUGAUUAAUCAAGUGUAGUGUAGGUUUUCCCAUAUUGCGUCAUUUAAGUUUGACUCAGAUAUUUGAAAAGCGACAAAAUCACUCUACUGGUCUUGCAUAGUGACUCCUGUAACUGGUGGAGUCUUCAGCAAAAAUAAGGCAAUACAUACAGUAGGUAGUUUAGCAACCCGAUGAAAGUAAACUUGGCGCUACACAUUCAAAUUGUAUUACAUGUAUAUCGCACAUGGCAAGACGCGGCACUUCAGGUACAUGUAGAUGAAACGAAAUAUGAAACAGGAGAGAAUUCAGGCCGAUACUAUGAACAAGUACAGCGCACAUGUCUUUUUGUUUCACUGCAUUUAGUUUCUUCUCAUUGAAGACAAAUUUUUUGUCACCUAAGGUCGUUUCUUUAUGUAUAUUUUUUUUAUUAACUUACGGAAAGAUGUUUAUUAGAUGGAAUAAGAGUAGUAAUUAGAUGAAACAAUCUCAGGUAUCAUCAGGGGCCUUGAUUAAGAGUUUUAGAUCGUUUUGGUAUCCAGCAUAAUUCGGAUAACAGUCUGGAAUGGAGUUUGGUUAAGUUAGCACAGGUUGAAGUCAGUUGCAGAAAAUUCUGCUGAAAGAGAUGUUUUCCUUCGUAGUUAAAUAUUGUUGAACAUUCUAAACUUUCGAAAGACCGUGCGGUCGCCGGCGAGUCAAAUAAAGUGAGUGCGGUGGCGAAACGAUUAACGUCAAAAAGAACACCAAUCACACGCAAGGAACCCAUUCACGUGACCGGUGGAUCGUGCCUGGAGGUGAAACUGGGAAUAAGUCUUCCUGAAGGAUGUUACCUUACUAAGGGUGUGACAAGUCCUUGGCAAGUUAUGGCCUUUAAGCAGCAGGAAGGUGAGAAUGAAUAUUCUUUGAUGCCAUGUGGCUGUAAGAGCUUGUAAGAUCUGUUUGAAUUGUGAAUGAAUGAGGAAGUGAGCAGCUUGGCUUUGUGCGAGUAUACCUUCAGAGAAUCGUUUAUACGUGAAGCGGUUUUUUUAUUUCUAUACUUUCAAAGCUGAGGGAUUAAAUGGAAAUCGACGUACUAACGCUUCAUUACAAACAAAACCAUUACCCUCGGUAUACGGUACAGGAAGGAGAAUACUGCAGAUUGCUUGCUUUAAUGUCAAAGAAGUUUACAGAAAACCACUUCGUAAUGGCUAUUCUGUAUAUGGGUUUUCUUCCAGAUGAAGAAGUUAUCCAAGAGGUAUUCAAGUUAGAACCUUCAUCUGGCUCUAUAGGUGAAGGUUCUUUUCAAGCUCUGUGCAAAGUCCAGGUGCCAGAGGUAGACUGGGAACCAAAGACUAUUAUGAGGGUGAGUAUCUACAGUUUGUUUGACGUUAAGGUUGGCCUUGUAUCCUACAAGUGACAUUUUCUGUCAAAGUAAUGAAAGGAUCCGAUCAGCCAAAGAGCAAGUUCACGCUUCAUCUCACUUAAUUUUGAUGUUCUCUGGUUUUGGUCCUAUUAGAUCGAAGCGGUGAUUUAUUUCUGUGAACCAAGCGGGACAUGUAGAAUGGAGGGCUUGGUCUAUGAAGUACCACUACGCCAAACAAGUGGAGAUGGCGAGAAGCAACUCCAGAUAAGCCAUGUUUGCAAGCUUUAAGAAAUUAAAAAAAUUAAUAAAAACCACAUGCUUUCAAAGGAAGAAUGUAAUCGUUUGUCUCACGAUGUGGUCGCUUGGGACGUAGAUUGCGAGGUCGAUUGAGUGCGACUGAGUACGGUCAACCUGUAGGAGACCGGUACUAUGUAUUCGAAACUUUGCGAUCCGCAUCCAAAGUGAACUCAUCGUGAGAAAACGAUUACAUUUCUCGUUUGGAAGUGUUAUUUACCACGAUGACAAACCAAAACCUAUUUUACAAUAUAUAAACCACAUGGUUGUCAUCUGGCAAUAGAGUAAUGGGUUAUCUAAAGGUCUAUUAUCAGACUUUUGGAAAAUUACAGGAGGCUCUUCGACCUUAGGGAGCAAUCGGGUGUUCAUAUAGAGAUUUAUGUUUUUGUCUCUGUUCGUCCAUAACGAGAUAACCAUUACAGACACUGCUACUUUACUGGGGCAAGAUAAUGAAAACUUCUUCGACAGAUAACUGAAUGUUGCUUCGUUUAUUACAUUCAUGAUGAUUAAGAUCAAUUUGGUACAAAGGUGAUCUUGCAUCUUGCCAAGAUAAAAUGUCUGAUGAAGAAGUACUCUUGUUACUUCUGGCUACGUGUAGCAUAUUUUGGCAUCGAUAGGAAUUGUCUUUUGUGUGAAAUUAAAAAACAAUUAGAAAAUAUUUUUUUGUGGGCAAGUCAAUCCCACGAGUAACUGCGUCAGUUACUACUAAUGUUUUCACAUGAGAAAUGCAGGUAUAUUUUUGAUAAAGAUGUAUUUUUGUUACUUAAGGUAUUAAAAAUAGUAUUUUGCGGCUGAUAGGCAAUAUGUUACAAAUUAAAUUGGAAAAAUUGGGAUAGGUAUUUUUUCGGGCAGGUCACUGCUGUGGUUAACUGGGUUAAUAGAUGUUUUGGGGUGCGUUUUAUUAUAAUUGAGAUAAAACAAAUGUAUAAACAAUAUUUUGACGUUCAUGGGAACGGUCGUGCUUGAUAAAAUUAUGAAUAAGGAAAUAUUGACGGCAAUAUGUUUCCAUGUAAAUUAACCAGAGUAUUUGGUGGUUUAUCAAGUUAUCAUUCUUUGGCUGACAAUUUUUCAUUUAUUUUUCAUUUCCCGCGACAUGGAAACAAUUGGAAAACUUCUUAGGAACUAAAAAAGACUUGAGCUCUUUCGACCAUCGAUGGCUUCUUUUCCUUGAAGAGAAAAAUUUAGGUUAAAGUGAAUUCAAAUCGAUGCUGCAAUUCAUAAUUAUUUGUAUAUAGGAUAACACUUGUUGUAGACCGCAAAUAUAUAGCU